UCCAGAUCUACAGAGCUGGAUUCCAACUGGUCAUGGUUUCAGCUGCGGUGCAUGCAAGUGGGAGGAAAUGCCAAUGCCUCCUCCUUUUUCCACCAGCAUGGCUGCGACACCAACGACACCAACGCCAAGUACAACAGUCGCGCCGCCCAGCUCUACAGGGAGAGGGUGAAGUCGCUGGCGUCCCAAGCCACACGGAAGCAUGGCACUGACCUGUGGCUCGACGGCUGCGUGCUUCCGCCUUCAUCCCCGCCUCCAAAGGAGGAGGACUUUUUUGCCUCUCACGUCUCUCCUGAGGUAAGCAGCACAGCGCAGGCGUCUGCACAACCAGAGCCCUCGCCUUUAACACCUUGGGUCAUGGGAACUGCUCCUGGCGAUGACAAAGAUGAUCCCAAACAAGCACCAAGUGUGGAAGGACUGAGUGCCCCAGCGAAGCCUGCUUCAGAGGUUUCCUCUAUCAUAAAAAAGAAACCAAAUCAAGCUAAACGAGGACUGGGGGCCAAGAAAGGAAGCCUGGGAGCCCAGAAACUGGCGAGCACAAGCUUUAGUGAGAUCGAAAAGCAGGCCCAGGCGGUGGACAGGAGGAAGGAGCAGGAGGACCUGCUGGCCAGGGCUGCGCCUAAGGAAGAGCCCACCGUGUCAUCCUUACGAUUAGCCUAUAAGGAUCUCGGAAUUCAAAUGAAGGAUGAAAAAAUGAACAUGAGUGACAACAAAAAAGUGGAAGCGGAGAGACUUGGCAUGGGGCUGGGCAGCUGCAGGAGUGGCAUUUCGCAUUCAGUGACUUCAGAUAUGCAGACCAUAGAGCAGGAGUCUCCCACGCUGGCCAAGCCGAGAAAAAAGUAUCAGGAGGACAGUGACGAUUCCUAUCUGACCUCCAGCUCCAGGUACUUUGACGACCUCGUGGAGCUGAGAGGCAACUCCUUCUCAGACUGGGAUGACAGCUCUGACUCUUACUGGAGGAAGGAGGGUGGCAGAGACACUGAGGUGGCCAGCAGGAGCCCGGGUGCCUCCGACAGGCCUGCCGCGCGCCGCAAGCCCGACUGCGCGCCCUCAGAGAGCGUGGACGAGGCCCAGAAGAAAUUUGGCAAUGUCACGGCCAUUUCCUCCGACAUGUACUUCGGAAGGCACGCCCAAGCCGACUAUGAAGCCAGGGCCCGCCUGGAGCGGCUCUCGGCCAGCUCAGCCAUCAGCUCUGCUGACCUGUUUGAAGAGCAGCGAAAGCAGCCGGCAGGCAACUACACCCUGUCCAGCGUGCUGCCCAACGCCCCCGACAUGGCGCAGUUCAAGCAGGGCGUGCGGUCGGUGGCUGGGAAGCUCUCGGUGUUCGCCAAUGGGGUCGUGACCUCCAUCCAGGACCGCUACGGCUCUUAAUCCACUUCCUGGGACCGCGUAGUGCCGUGCGGACACCUGUGCGCACUCCCGGGCCUUUC